AUGGGAAUGAAGUUCGUGGUUACUACUUGUUUAAUAAUUAUUCUUAUAGGCCUGGUUCUCGCACAAAAGAAUGUUAUUUGUGGCAAUGAAGCAAUUGUCGACGGAGACUGUGAGCAGAGAAUAAAAGGAUUUACUUAUAUUCCCGAAAAAAACCGAUGCAAAAAAAUGAGGACCAAGGGAUGUACCGUGACUGGAAACUAUUUCCGUUCCCGAGAUGAAUGCGAGUCCGUUUGCAAGGAAACUAGGGGCUUGGAAAAAAGCAAAGUCGCUAAAAGGGGUUCGCAAGAUAGUGCUACUGUUAACUCCGGGAAAAAAGAUUUGGAAAAGAACGAAAUGGCUCCCAAUUCGUGGAUGGGUAUCCAGGAGUUUAAACAAAUGUUGACAAGUUUAAUUAAGUUCGCCUCGAAUACCUUAAAUAUUUUUAUGGGCUCUACAGUUAAUUAUACGAUGAAUUAAAUCUACAGAAAUAUAAAGUG